CUGCGAGCAGGGCACAACACAGCGGCUCUGAACCGCUACAGAAACAAAUUAUUGCAGUUUAUCGGAAGAAGCCAAGACUAUCAGCAAACCACGAAAUGGAGAGUGCCCCAAACGACCAACGUCCAGAGCAUAUACUGAAGCUAAGCCAGGAGCAGCGACGCCGCUUUUUAAAUUCCUUUGAUCGCGUCUUCAGCGACAUUGAUGGCGUUGUCUGGUGUAUGGAGUACGACAUUCCUGGCGUGGCCGAUGGCUACUCAGCUCUGCAGGGCAUGGGCAAAGAGUUAUCCUUUAUAACCAACAAUAGUGUGCGCAGCAUGGAACAAUACGAGCGACGCUUUCAGAAACUAGGCAUAAAGGUUGGUGAAUCGGAGUUAUGGCAUCCCGCACAGAGUAUUGUGGAAUAUUUGCGGAGAAUAAAAUUUGAUGGACUCAUCUACAUUAUAGCAUCGGAACCGUUUAAAUCUGUCCUGCGCAAAGCAGGUUUCCAGCUACUUGAUGGGCCCAACGAAUUCAUUAAAGAGAAUUUUGGGUCUUUGGCCAAGCAUAUCUUCGAUCGUGAGCCCGUUCGUGCCGUCAUCUUAGAUGUGGACUUCAACUUGACAUCGCCAAAGGUUUUGCGCGCUCACAUUUAUCUGCGCCAUCCAGAUUGUCUUCUGAUCCAUGGCGCUACAGACACGAUGCUACCCGUCGGCAAUGAUUUGCGCAUAAUUGGACCUGGGCCCUUUCAGAAAAUACUGGUAGAGGCUACGGGUAAGCCAGGGGCAACGCUCGGGAAGCCUGGCAAGGAACUGGGCGAGAUACUUCUGCAGCAUUACAAUAUUCGAGAUCCCAAGCGUGUGCUAAUGAUUGGAGACAUGCUCGAACAGGAUGUACAAUUUGGACGACAAUGUGGCUUCCAGACGUUGCUCGUACUUUCCGGUGGCUGCACACUCAGUGAACUAAGGGCGGAAUCAUCGCCGGAACGACUGCCCGACUACUAUGCGGACAGCGUUGCCGACCUGGCGAAGUUGGUCAACGAUGUAGCCAAGGCUCAUGUUUAAAUUUUGAUAGUCUCCCCAUAUGUAUAUACUCGUACAUACAUAUGUAUUUACUUUUAUAGCUAUGUAUAAAAUAAUCAAAAAAAUUAUUGAGGCGAUAACAAAAAUGGAAGGUUAAGUUUCAAAACUUGAUAAUAAUCGUGAUAAUUUUAUACCCUAUACCGAAUUAUACUACUGAUAAACAAACUAGAAUUUUAUAAAUUAUUUCACUACUAAAAUAUAUACUUCUAUACUUAUGUAUGUUUUGUAUACAUUAUAUAUGUAUAUAUAUACUAACCCUUUUAAAAUGUAACAAAAUAAAGAAAAAUAGCAAAA